UUCUUUGGAACUGUCUCUGGCUUUCUAAAAAAUACAGAAAUAGAAAAGGUUGAAUUCGAAUAUGAUAUUCAGUACAAAGAAAUAGCUACUGAGCAGCAUGUUAGAACUGAGGUAGCUGACGACUCUCUUGAAAAUAGAGAAACUAUAUAUGAAAAUAAUAAUGGAGAUCAGAUACAUGAAAUAAUUGAAUUAUUGAGUGAUGAAGACCGUACACCUGAAAUAAUUGAAUUAUCAAAAAACCAAAGAACUAUUUCUAGAGAUCAAACACCUGAAACAGCAGAAGAAAUAAUUGAAAUAACUUAG